AUGGAGAAGCUGCACGGCAUAGAAGUGGCGAAGGAGGGCGAGUUCUAUGGGAAGCUGGUGGCCGAGGCCAAGGCGUUGAUCGACGGGGAGGACGACCUCAUCGCCAACGCGGCCAACGUAGCUUCCCUUGUCUUCCACGCCCUCAACGAGAGACGCCCUAACGCCGUCAACUGGGUGGGGUUCUACUUCGUGCGGGGGACACCACCGAUCCUUGUGCUGGGUCCCUUCCAGGGCAAGAUUGCAUGCUUGCGGAUCCCCAAAGGGAGGGGCGUGUGUGGUGGUGCCUGGGAAAAGCGGGAGACUCUACUAGUCAAGGAUGUGCAUGCAUUCCCUGGACACAUUGCAUGUGACUCUGCCUCCAAUUCUGAGAUUGUGGUGCCAAUCAUUUCACCCAUCACCAAUGUAGUUGGUGUAUUUGACAUUGACAGCCCAACUGUGAAUGGGCUGAAUGAAGAGGAUGCAGCUGGCCUUGAGGCUAUUGCCAAUGUCCUGGCAAAGGAAGGCAAGUGGGUGCAGCUCAACUACUGA